AUGUUGCCUGUCCCUGAGCUUGAUCCAGAAGAGGAAGAGAAUACUAUCGCUGGUUUAGGAUUUUUAAAUGAAUGUCUUUGCAUGACUCAUUUGAAACAUGAUAGGUGUCUUGAGAUAUUCGUCAUGAAGGAAUAUGGAAUAAAGGAAUCAUGGAAAUCCUUAUUUUUGGUAAAGAAUUUAGAAAUAUAUCGUUAUGGGUUUGUAGCGCCUUUUUCCGUGAUAGAGAAUGGAGAAUUUGCUUUGAUAAUAGAUCAAAUUGAAAGUAAAGUUGUUAUAUACAAUCCAAAGAAUGAUAAUAUGCAAGACAUCGUGGUCGCAGAUGUGGAUAGAUCUACCAUUAUGUAUGUGGAAAGCUUGAUAUCGCCCAAGGGAUACUACUGGUGUGAGAAGCGGCACCAAAAGUACUUUGGAAGAAGAAAGCCAGAUUAUUUUUGGAAUUAG